AUGGAAGGAUCCGCGGCGUCCCUCCUGCUGCUGCUGCUGCUGCUGCUGCUGUGCGCCCGCGCCGCGCGCACGGACUCCGGCCAAACGGACACCACCACGCACCUCGGAGAUGCAAUCGACUACAAGGAUCCGUGUAAAGCUGUGGCCUUCAUGGGCGACAUCGCUCUGGAUGAAGACGACCUCCAGUUAUUCCAACAGGCUCCCAGCAGUGGCCAUGUCCAGAAGAACCACACAGACUCUGGUAAUAGUUCAUCAUCUAAUGAGAGUGUGAGGAGGAGGAGAUCGACCCUCCGCCGCCGGAGGAGAGCGGCCACAUCCCGACCCGAGCGGGUGUGGCCGGACGGCAUCAUCCCCUAUGUGAUCAGCGGGAAUUUCACUGGCAGUCAGCGAGCCAUUUUCCGUCAGGCAAUGCGUCACUGGGAGAAACACACUUGUGUAACGUUCACGGAGAGAACGACCGAAGAGAGCUACAUUGUUUUCACCUACAGACCUUGCGGGUGCUGCUCCUACGUGGGUCGGAGAGGCGGCGGCCCUCAGGCCAUCUCCAUCGGGAAAAACUGCGACAAGUUUGGCAUCGUGGUCCACGAACUCGGCCACGUCGUCGGCUUCUGGCACGAACACACACGGCCAGACCGCGACGAGCACGUCAGCAUCAUCAGAGACAACAUCCAGCCAGGACAGGAGUAUAACUUCCUGAAGAUGGAGCCGGGCGAGGUUGACUCGCUGGGAGAGGUGUACGACUUCGGGAGCAUCAUGCAUUAUGCAAGGAACACAUUUUCCAGAGGCAUCUUCUUAGACACCAUCUCGCCCCGUUACGACGUCAAUGGCGUCAGGCCGUCUAUUGGACAGAGGACCAAGCUGAGCAAAGGAGACAUCGCACAAGCGCGCAAACUCUACAAAUGCGCAAGAUGUGGGGACAGCCUGCAGGAGAGCACUGGAAACUUCUCCUCGCCGGGAUUUCCCAACGGAUACUCGGCGUACGCUCACUGCGUGUGGAGGAUUUCUGUCACUCCGGGAGAAAAGAUUGUUCUCAACUUCACCUCCAUGGACCUCUUCAGGAGCCACUUGUGCUGGUACGACCACGUAGAAGUCCGGGAUGGAUUCUGGAGAAAAGCCCCCCUGAAAGGCCGGUAUUGUGGCGACAGCCUUCCAGAGGCCAUCGUUUCCACCGACAGCCGACUGUGGGUUGAGUUCAGAAGCAGCAGCAGCUGGGUGGGGAAAGGCUUCUCCGCUGUGUAUGAAGCCAUCUGUGGCGGAGAGGUGAAGCGGGACAGCGGCCAGAUUCAGUCUCCUAAUUAUCCCGACGACUACCAGUCCAACAAGAUGUGUGUGUGGAAAAUCACAGUGGCCGAGGGGCUGGAGGUCGGCCUCUCCUUUCAGUCAUUCGAGAUCGAGAGACACGACAGCUGUGCGUACGACUACGUGGAGGUGAGGGACGGCGGCUCGGAGAGCAGCCCUCUGCUCGGCCGCUUCUGCGGCUACGAGAAACCCGGCGACAUCAAAAGCAGCUCCAACCAGCUGUGGCUCAAGUUUGUAUCGGACGGCUCGGUCAACAAGGCCGGAUUUGCAGCCAACUUUUUUAAAGAGAUGGACGAGUGCUCCAGGCCUGACAACGGCCAGUGCGAGCAGCGCUGCCUGAACACGCUGGGCAGCUACAGAUGUGCCUGCGACCCCGGAUACGAGCUGGCGGCUGACAGACGGAGCUGCGAGACUGCCUGCGGUGGAUUCAUCACCAAGCUGAACGGCUCGCUCACCACCCCCGGAUGGCCCAAAGAAUACCCCCCCAACAAGAACUGCGUGUGGCAGCUGGUGGCCCCCGUGCAGUACCGCAUCACUCUGGUGUUCGACGUGUUCGAAACCGAAGGAAACGACGUGUGUAAAUAUGAUUAUGUGGAAGUGCGCAGCGGCUUGAGUUCGGACUCGAAGCUCCACGGGAAAUUCUGCGGGGCCGAGAAGCCGGAGGUCAUCACCUCGCAGCAGAACAACAUGAGAAUCGAGUUCAAGUCGGAUAACACCGUCUCCAAAAAGGGCUUCAAGGCUCACUUCUUUUCUGAUAUCGACGAGUGCUCCAAAGCCAAUGGCGGCUGCCAGCACGAGUGUGUGAACACCUUUGGAAGCUACAGCUGUCAGUGCCGCAGCGGCUUCAUGCUGCACGACAAUAAGCACGACUGCAAGGAAGCGGGCUGCGACCAUGUCGUGAACAGUGUGUCGGGGACGAUCAGCAGCCCCAACUGGCCCGACAAAUACCCCAGCAAGAAGGCCUGCACCUGGACUCUGUUCACCACCCCGGGACAUCGCAUCAAGCUGAUUUUCAACGAGGUGGACAUGGAGGCUCAUCUCGAGUGCGCUUACGACCAUCUGGAGAUCUUCGACGGAAAAGACGUGCGCGCGCCGAGUCUGGGGCGUUUUUGCGGCACCAAAAAGCCCUCCCCGGUCGUGUCCAGCGGCAACCAGAUGUUCCUGCAUUUUUUCUCGGACAACUCGGUGCAGAAGAGAGGCUUUGAGGCUUCGUACAGGGCAGAAUGCGGAGGAAGUCUGAAAGCCGAGGUCAAGACCAAAGAUCUGUACUCCCAUGCUCAGUUCGGAGAUAACAACUACCCCGGGGGCUCCGACUGUCAGUGGGUGGUCACUGCGGAGAAGGGCUACGGCGUGGAGAUCAUCUUCCAGCUGUUCGAGAUCGAGGAGGAAGCGGACUGCGGAUACGACUACGUGGAGCUGUACGACGGGGCCGACACCAAGUCUCCCAGGCUGGGGCGCUACUGCGGAUCCGGGACUCCAGAGGAGGUUUACUCGGCGGGAGAUGCCGUCGUGUUGAAGUUUCACUCGGACGACAGCAUCAACAAGAAAGGAUUUCAUGUACGUUACACAAGCACCAAGUUCCAGGACGCAUUGCACACAAGCAAGUGACUCUCUCCAG